AUGAGCCUGACUAAUCCACCUUCGUCUACCGGUGGGCCCCUGACGACCUCUUCCUCCAUCCGGCCCAACGUCUCCUCUGCCAAUUUGAACCUCAAGAGAAGCGUGCAGGCUGCUUUUGACGAUUCCGGCCGAUCCGGCAGUGGAUACACCAGUAAAGUCCAUAUCAGAGAGCGAUACCAUAUUGUUGGUUUCAUCAGCAGUGGUACUUAUGGACGCGUCUACAAGGCGCUCGGGAAAAAUGGCAAGAAGGGGGAGUUUGCCAUCAAGAAAUUCAAACCCGAUAAAGAGGGGGAGUUGAUUCAGUACACCGGCCUCUCACAAUCUGCAAUCCGUGAGAUGGCCCUGUGCUCAGAGCUCAAUCAUCCGAAUGUAGUCGGACUUGAAGAGAUUAUAUUAGAGGACAAAUGUAUCUUCAUGGUGUUUGAAUACACGGAACACGACUUGCUUCAGAUCAUCCAUCAUCACACCCAGCAACAGCGAUAUGCAAUACCGGCGAAAAUGGUCCGCUCUAUACUGUUCCAGUUACUGAACGGGUUGCUUUAUCUACACACCAAUUGGGUCCUUCACCGUGACUUGAAACCUGCCAACAUACUUGUGACUGCUAGUGGUGCUAUCAGAAUCGGCGAUCUUGGGUUGGCACGUUUGUUUUAUAAGCCAUUGAACUCCCUGUUUACUGGCGACAAGGUGGUGGUGACGAUCUGGUAUCGUGCGCCGGAACUGUUGCUAGGUAGUCGGCAUUAUACCCCGGCCGUGGAUAUGUGGGCUGUGGGAUGUAUAUUUGCCGAACUGUUGUCGUUACGGCCUAUUUUCAAAGGUGAAGAAGCGAAGAUGGAUAGCAAGAAGACUGUCCCAUUCCAACGCAAUCAGAUGAUGAAGAUCGUAGAGAUCUUGGGCUUCCCACGACAAGAAACGUGGCCUGGGCUGGCUGCGAUGCCCGAAUUCAACCAAAUGCAAUCUAUGAUGCAGUCCAUGAAAAUGUCAUCUCGAGGAGCGCUUCACUACAACAAACCCUCCGGUCUUGAUACAUGGUAUCAAGGAUGUCUGAAAACCGGCGGGUACUCUGCAAGCAGCAGUGUUGGCACCCCUGGCGCCGAUGGGUUUGAUCUCUUGUCACGAUUACUGGAGUACGACCCAGCGAAACGAAUCACGGCCGAGGAAGCACUGGAACAUCCAUACUUUACCAAUGGCGGGCCAAUCAGUGCAAACUGUUUCGAGGGCUGCGAAACCACUUAUCCUCCUCGCCGGGUUAGCCAAGAAGGCAACGAUAUUCGGAGCGGCAGUCUUCCAGGUACGAAACGCAGUGGAUUGCCGGAUGAUAGUCUCAUGGGCCGGGUGGCUAAACGUCUCAAGGAGUGA